CCACGGCUUCAAGCGGCUCAGGCUGCAGCCGCUUCAGAGUCGCGCGCGGGGCUUGGGGCGGUACUGUGGAGCCGAGGCCGCGGCCAGCUCGACGCCGGGACUGUCCAGCGAGCGCAGCGCGGCGGGAGCCAGCAGCCACAGCAACCCCGGAGCAGAAGCAGCCGCCGCCGCCGCCGCCGUCCGCGGAGCCCAGCCUAGCCGGCCAUGGCGUUGUCGAUGCCGCUGAACGGACUGAAGGAGGAGGACAAAGAGCCCCUCAUCGAGCUCUUCGUCAAGGCUGGCAGUGAUGGUGAAAGCAUAGGAAACUGCCCCUUUUCCCAGAGGCUCUUCAUGAUUCUUUGGCUCAAAGGAGUUGUAUUUAGUGUCACAACCGUUGACCUGAAAAGGAAGCCUGCAGACCUGCAGAACUUGGCUCCUGGGACCCACCCGCCAUUUAUAACUUUUAACAAUGAAGUCAAAACGGAUGUAAAUAAGAUUGAGGAAUUUCUUGAAGAAGUCUUAUGCCCUCCCAAGUACUUAAAGCUUUCACCAAAACACCCGGAAUCAAAUACUGCUGGAAUGGACAUCUUUGCCAAAUUCUCUGCAUAUAUCAAGAAUUCAAGGCCAGAGGCUAAUGAAGCACUGGAGAGGGGUCUCUUGAAAACACUGCAGAAACUGGAUGAAUAUCUGAAUUCUCCCCUCCCUGAUGAAAUUGAUGAGAAUAGUAUGGAGGACAUUAAGUUUUCUACACGUAAAUUUCUGGACGGCAAUGAAAUGACAUUAGCUGAUUGCAACCUGCUGCCCAAACUGCACAUUGUCAAGGUGGUGGCCAAAAAAUAUCGCAACUUUGAUAUCCCAAAAGGAAUGACUGGCAUCUGGAGAUACUUAACUAAUGCUUAUAGUAGGGAUGAGUUCACCAAUACCUGUCCGAGUGAUAAGGAGGUUGAAAUAGCAUAUAGUGAUGUAGCCAAAAGACUUACCAAGUAAAAUAGCACUUAUGAGAGAGAUAUCUUUCUGUCUUCCCCUAAGAAUAUGCUUUUCCUAACAGACUGCUCUUAUUCCUAUAAAGUAGAAAUUGUAUUUUGCAUGAACAUGCAGUUAUUCAAGAUUAGGGUCAAGGAUAGACAAGGUAUAGUAGUUAUCUUAAAAUAUACACUCCUAAGCAGUAUUAUUGUAAAAUCCUUUUACCCUGCCUACCUCCCAUAUCCUCCUCCUCUCUCAUUUGGAGACACUCCAACAUAAACUUCACUGCAGAGGUAGUUUGCCAUCUCUCUGGAGCCCUCGCCAUUGUGUCCAUUCAUUGUGUAUAGAAGGCAGCACUUUUGAGGUGCAAUGUUUAACUGUUAAAAUAGUAUCCAUGACUUCAUCAGUCACCCCCAAACUGGUGCAUAAUGCAUGGUACAAGGAAUAUUUAUGGUUUUUUUUGAAAAUUUGUAAUAUUUAGUAAGAGUAUAUGAAAGGAUUGCUACUGUAUCAGAAAUAGUCUAUCCUGGGUGUAUACUAAGGGAUAUUACCACCAGAGAAGAGCCUUCUACAAAAAGUCACUACAGAUUUUGCUAUUUUGCUUUGUAGAUAGAUUUUUACUUUUGCCUAAAAGCAUUUAUCCACACCAAUUGUAACACCUGACACUAUGUAGAAGCUAAAAGUUUAGAGGGAGGGCUGUAUUCUCAUAUCUUCCUCAAGCAUUUUAUCCUUAUAAGAGAAACUGAUAGGUACCUGAUACUCUGUCUAAAUGUAUUGCGUGUUAUGUGUAUUUGCCCAGUGCCAUUCAUUUGGAACAUUAUUGCUUUCUUCCCUCAUUUUAAAAAGCUCCUUUUUAGGUAAGCAUACACCUUGCUGUUUAUACAUCUUUUGAGCAACACUACAUAAACUGAUAUUUAGUUGAUUUAGCUAUAGCAGUACAGUGUUUAGUAAUGUAGAAGUUAACACAUACAGAAAUUAACCUAUGGAAUGUAGGGUGGGUUUCUCAAAAUAUCAAGUAAAAUUUUGUUUCUAAAGCAUGUUUAAUGUAGAUGACCCAAAGAAUACAUUGUCCAGAUGGCCAACUUUCCCAUCCCAUCCCCAUUUACUGUUAAGACUUUGUGUAGAGGAUUGUUCACUCCUUGUGGAGUAAAUUAUAGUUGUGUUAUGGUGAGUGCAUAUUAACAGUUUUGCCUGAUCUCAAUUACUGCUCUUCCUCAAGUUGAAUUUUCUACAGCCACAUUGGAGAAUAUAACCCUGCAUGUUUUUUUUUUGUUUUUGAAAUCGAAGACCCAAACCAGGAAUUAUUUGUGCUCUAACAAGGGAGAAUGAACUUGGUGGCUUAAAAAAUAAAAGUUUUCUUUUCUUUUCUUUUUUUUUUUUAAAAAAGAUGACCAGUAAGGGGAUCUUAACCCUUGACUUGGUGUUGUCAGCACCACGCUCAGCCAGUGAGCGAACCGGCCAUCCCUAUAUGGGAUCCGAACCCGGGGCCUUGGUGUUAUCAGCACCGCACUCUCCCGAGUGAGCCACAGGCCAGCCCAAAAUAAAAGUUUUCUAUGUAUGUAAUUCAUUUUAAAAAAACCAAAAAAUGGACUUUCUAAGUACUAAAAGAACUGUGGUUGUGACUCUAAUACAUUUUUGGUAAUUUUUUAUACCUAACUUGUUUAAGAAGUGUUGUUUCUCAUAGGCUGAUUAGGCUGUUUUUUGAAAUUUUAAGUAUAUCGCUUUAAAAUGGCAAUAUUUUCUCCCCUUUGAUAUGGUAGUAAGCAGUGGCUUUGUGGAAGCAGCCUGACUUUUAUGAGCAUUCUGCAUUUUUUACCUAUCAGUAACUAGCUUAGUAUGGAAACAUAAGAAAAACUCUAUAUUGUAUCCAUUUGGCUCAGGGAGAUUCCUUUCCCUUACCUUUUCUAGAACUCCUUAUUGCUGAUCAAGAGUUUGAGCACCCAUGUUUUUGUAAUUAAACGUUGGGUGAUGAUGUUUCUGGUUCCAGGAAGAAGCACCCUCUAGUUAUCUACUGACAGAUUGUGUUGCAGUAGCUUCAGGGGGUGCAAGUGCCCUGUCUGCACUGGUGCGCGGACAAGCUUCUCACUCUUCACCUACUUUUAAAUCGUGGCAACUUGGCCUUCUGGUGAUAUUGAACCUUGCCUCAUAGCUUAAAGUACAAGAAAGAUUCAAGAGGAGGGUGUCUUUUUCCUAAUGAAUGGUGGGCUGAGUGGUGCAGGACAGAUGGCUGACAGAGGAAGGAGCUCCAAUUUUCAAAACAGAGUGACAAACAGUACAUUCUGAGCCUCAGUUGUGAAGUAUUUUCACUUUGGAUAUUUAUUCUAUUGUUUUUUAUUUAUCCACUGAUUACAGUUGGCUGUCCCUCUGGAUGUCCAAGGAAGUCAGGUCUAUUAUGAUUUUGAUGAAGGCAGAAUUAUUUUUCUCUGUAGAAAGACAGAUUUCAUUACUUUAUGAGGGGAGUUAUUCACGUGAAAUUGAGUCUGGCAAAUGGACGAAAGCUAGUAAGAAGGAUGAUCCUACAACAUGCUUUUACCCCAUUGUAUAUUUGUGGAAAGAUCAUGGCUUAAAAUCUUGAGAUAUUUGGGACAUUAAAGUUUUCUUGGCAGUUGGUGUAGCAUAUGUAUUAACAUGGAAAUCAUCUGAUUUUAUUUCUACAACUAAGGAAUCAUUUCCCCUUUCGUGUUUCACUUCAGCGAAGAGAUCUGGAUGGAAGGUCUCAUUAUUUUCCAAGGGAUUUUGAAAAAUCAUUGUAUUCAACCUUUGGAAAGCUCUCUACUAUUCCACUUAAUGUAACUUCCCUUUUUUGAUGCAGAUGCAGGUUUUCUGUACGGUUCUGUUCUCUUCUUGUGCUAGGAUCAUUAACUUUUGUGAUAGAAUUCAAAUAAGAUUUUAUUUCUUGGUAACUCUGGCUUUCACAACUUAUCUUUAAACCCUUGAGCAAUAUGUGUACAAUUAAGAGAUUUCUGACAUUUAUUCUUAUACUAAGUGGAUCAACUCUAGAAUUUAGGCAUUUUCACUUUACUUCUGUUGUGUUUCGAUUCUCUCCAGAGUUGCAUGUAGAUAGCAUUUAUUUCUGUGCAUUUACAGAACCCAUUUAGAAAAUAUCUACAAAGUAAAAAUGAGAGGAAAUAGAAAUGUAUUUUUUUCAUGAACAUUUUGAUACACAUUUCAUGAAGUUUAUUGAUUUAUCAAUUUCUUACACUGGUUAUAAUCAAUAUUUAAUUCAAAGAGAGGGAAGCAUUCAUUACGAUAUACAUGGCUUUUUAAACUCCUUCCUUUACAAUUUAUUUUGGUUGGGGCCACCAAAAUUAUAUUUUUAAUCAGGAAAAAAAUUUUCAACUCCUCUAGCCAUAAUGUUGAACAGAAUUGGAAUAUUUUCUCUAGAAUUUUCUUCAGCAGGCAAAUGAAAGCUUAGAGUACUUGUAUUUUCUUUUCUCUCUCUGGAACAUCAAUACCAGUAUAUUGCUGGCAGCUAUUGUAUUAAAAAAAUAAAGUAUAUUUUCACUAUCAUAAAGGGUUUUUUUCCCCUUGAUGAAAAUAAAUAACAACGUUGGAUAAAGUG